AUGAAUCAAUCACUCUUGUUCUUGUUAUCAUUGUCAUUAGGGGCAUUUUGCGUUUGCCAACAAGAUGAUUUUAUCAUGCAAGGAAACUCUGAAGAUCUGGGGUGGAAUUUGUUUAGCCUACUUGUCAAUGUGGGCGGUGCCUUGGGUACUUGCAUUCCUAUGGCUACAUUAACAGGGAUGGUUAAACCGAUAUGCGCACUGACAAGUGUAGCAACGAUGUCAACAUUCAGCUGUCUGAUGCUCAGAAUCUACGACGGUAUGAUUGCUCGAGAAGGAAUAACCCAAGAUGUACAAAAAUUCAUCAAGAGAAUAGGACUAGACAUCAAACCGUGCGACGAAGAUGUAAGCGUAACGAGUACAACGGAUGAAGGUAUGUGGGCAUUGUGGGAUAAUUCUGAGGUUGCCAGGUCACUAAGAAGACUUCAGAUGAAAGUUGACUUCAAGGUCGAUAUGAAACAGAAUAGCGAGGGCCAGAUCCGCUCUAACUAUUGUUUUCAGUUUGAAACUGGUUCAUAUCCAAAUGGUCGCCCAAUUAUACCGUAUAGACAAGAAAUUUGUCUCACGAAGUUUGCAGUCCGAAAAUUCGCAAACAAUAAGCUUAGCAAUAUGCCAGCGAAAUGUUUGCUCGCCACUGUUGCUUCGCUGAAAACAGCGGGCUGGAAAGAGAGUGUAGAUGAGGCUCGGAAGUUCGUAAAGAACAUGUACAUGGUCUUUGGAGAUUACACUGAAGAGUUUGUUCAGAAAGUUACUGAUAUGGUAGAUGCUUUAAGUGGGGACGAUCCAACUCGAACCAGCUAUACAUUUAUUAUCUCAGAUACCUUUGAGGGUAAUCUAGAGCAGAUGAUAUCUGUAUCGGUAUCUACUAUAGAUUGGUGA